ACUGUGAGUUGUGCUGUAGUGAGGUUACUUGAGCAGAAUGGCUAAUAUUUUGAAUGAUUCAAAUCUAAGUGCAAUAAUACAAAUUACGAUACGAAGAAGAUUAUUGGUGGCAGCAAUGUUAUUGGAUCGCAAAAAAAGAAAAUAUAAAAAUAGAAAAUAUUGGGUUUCCAAUUUUCUAACUCAACGUGAUACAAACGGUGCUUACAAUGUAACAAUUCCCGCAUUAUUAAGAGAUUCUGAUUUAUUCGUAAAUUAUUGUCGAUUGACCAGAACACAAUUUGAACAAUUACUUGUGUUAAUUGCGCCAAAAAUUAAAAAGAAGAUGUUUCUUCGAGAACCAAUCGAACCUGCACAACGUUUGUUGCUUACAUUAAGAUACUUAGCAUCUGGAGACUCCAUGAUGUCUAUGAAAUAUCAGUAUUAUAUUGCUCAACCGACAAUUUCCAAAAUAAUUGUAGAAACUUGCAACGAAUUGUGGGAUACUUUAAUGCCUAUCGUACUUAAGAAGCCAGUAUAUGACGAAUGGGAAAACAUCGCUGAGGGAUUUGAAAUAAAAUGUCACUUUCCUCACUGUUUAGGUGCUAUAGAUGGAAAACACGUUGUUGUACAGGCGCCACCAAAUUCUGGAUCAUCUUAUUAUAAUUACAAAAGUGCACAUAGCAUUGUAUUAAUGGCUGUUUGUGAUAGUGAUUAUAAAUUCGUCUUGGUUGAUAUUGGUGCAAAGGGGCGUCAAAGCGAUGGAGGUGUUUGGUCAAGAUCUGUCAUGGGUCGCGCUUUUUCAAGAGGUGACAUAGAU